AUGAUCCCAAAGCAGACCCAGCACCAGGCCCACAGCUGUCACAGUUCCAGUCCACCAGUGGACCCUGUCCUGGGCCUUCAGGCGAAAAUGCCUCGGCCUCCAGGUGACACUGCCCUGUGCCAACACCCAACACCUCCCCAGGUACACAGCUUCAUUGCCCCAGGCCAGCAGCAGACAGCCCUGAGUCUUCAGAAGACACUGCCCCGGGCCCACAGUGGACCCAGCCCUGGGCCCAUAGCUGUCACGGACCCAAUCCCACAGCAGACCCAUCCCUGGGACUCCAGCCGACAUUGCCCCAGGCCCAAGAUCUGUCACUGCCCUGGACCCACAGCCGACACUGCCCUGUGCCCACAACUGUCACUGCCCCAGGCCCACAGCCGACACGACCCCAGACCCACAGCCAACACUGCGCCAGCUGUCACAGCCCAGUCCCACAACGGACCCAGCCCUGGACCCAUAGCUGUCACGGUGCCAGUCCCACAGCGGAUCCAGCCCUGGGCCUUCAGCUCUCAUAGCCAUGGUCCCAAAGCAGACAUAGACCCAGACCCACAGCUCUCACGGCCCCAGUCCCACAGUGGACCCAGCCCUGGGCCCACAGCUGUCACGGCCCCAGUCCCACAAUUGUCCCAGCCCUGGGCCCACAGCUGUCACUGCCCCAGUCCCACAAUUGUCCCAGCCCUGGGCCCACAGCUGUCACGGCCCUGGUCCCACAGUUGUCCCAGCCCUGAGCCCACAGCUGCCAUGGCCCCGGUCCCACAGCGGACCCAGCCCUGGGCCCACAGCUGCCAUGGCCCCGGUCCCACAGCGGACCCAGCCCUGGGCCUCCAGGUGACACUGCCCUUGCCCACAACCAACACCGCCCUAGGCCCACAGCUGUCGCAGCCCUGGUCCCAUAGCGGAUCCAGCCCCGGACCUUCUGCUCUCACGGCCAUGAGCCCAAAGUGGAUCCUGCCCCAGGCCCACAGCUGUUACUGCCCCAGUCCCACAGCUGUUACUGCCCCAGUCCCACAAUGGACCCAGCCCCAGGCCCACAGCUGUUACUGCCCCAGUCCCACAACGGACCCUGCCCUGGGCCUACAGCUGUCACGGCCUCAGUCCCACAGCGGAUCCAGCCCUUGGCCCACAGCUAUCACAGUGCCAGUCCCACAGUGGACCCAGCCCUGGGCCUGUAGACAACAAUGCCUUCGACCUCCAGGUGACAGUGCCCUGUGCCAACAGCCAAUACCACCCCAGAUCCACAGCUCUCACUGCCCUGGGCCCACAGCAGACAGCCCUGAGUCUUCGGCUGACACUGCCCUGGCCCACAGGCGACACCGCCCCAGGCCCAAUGGUGUCAUUGCCCCACACCCACAGCAGACAGCCCUGAGUCUUCAGGUGACACUGCCCUGGCCCACAGGUGCCACUGCCCAAGGUCUUCAGGUGACAUUGCCCCGGUCCCAAAGCGGACCCAGUCCUGGACCCACAGCUGUCAUAGCCCAGGUCCCAAAGUGGACCCAGCCCUUCUGGGCCUUUAGGCGACACUGCCCUGGGCCUCCAGGUGACACUGUCACAGGCCCACAGCAGUCAAGGCCCUUGGCCCACAGCGGUCCCAGCCCUGGGCCCACAGUGGACUCAGCCCUGGGCCCACAGCUGUUGCAGCCCCCGUCCCACAACAGACCCAGCCCCGGGCCCACAGCUGUCAUGGUCUCAUUCCCACAGCUCACCCUGUUCCAGGCUUCCAGUUGA